UAAAGAAGGCGGCUCUGAAAUAGACAAGAUGUGUUUUAAUUGGUUCGCUAAGGCUAGAAGUCAAAACAUUCCGAUUUCUGGUCCCAUUUUGAAAGCAAAGGCAAUGGAAAUUGCAGGCAAACUGGGUGUACCUAAUUUUAAUGCUUCAGAUGGAUGGUUAAACAAACGGCGAAUAAGGAAUAAUGUUGCUUUCAAAUGCGUAUCUGGUGAAGCUGCAGAUGUAAACCAGGAUGGUGUCGAACAGUUUAGGACAAAACUGCCAUCUCUGUUGACCGGUUACAAGCCUCAAGACAUUUACAACGCAGACGAAAGUGGGCUUUUUUUUCGUGCCUUACCUGACAAAAUCCUCGCUCUUAAAUCCGAAAAAUGCGUGGGCGGUACACUAUCAAAGGAAAGACUCACAAUUUUGUUCUGUGCUAACAUGGCUGGAGAUAAGGAGCUGCUUUUGGUUAUAGGUAAAGCAGCCCGUUCUCGAUCUUUUAAGCAUGUUCCAAUCGCAAAACUGCCAGUGGAUUGGAAGUCUAAUAAAAAAGCAUGGAUGACUCGAGAAGUAAUGAGUGAAUGGCUGCAGCAGUUCAAUCGAAGAAUGAAAGCCCCGAAUCGGAAAAUUAUCUUGUUUUUAGAUAACGCGGCUCUCAAUAUAAAAAUUAUUUUCUUGCCGCCAAAUACAACGGCAGUUAGCCAACCCCUUGAUCAAGGUAUAAUCCAAAAUUUUAAAACUUUGUAUAGAAGCUUAGUUUUAAAAGACUUGCUAUCUAAAAUUGACAAUACAAGUUCAGCCUCAGAGCUUUCAAAAUCGAUUAAUGUACUAGAAGCUGUGUAUUUCAUCAAAGCAUCUUGGGAUAAAGUGGAAGCCACAACCGUCCGAAAUUGCUUCCGUAAAGCAGGAUUUUUGGAAACUUAUGAGGAUCUUCCAGAUUUUGAUUCUGAAGAUGAUAUUCCACUGGCAAUCUAUACUAGGCUUUAG